CCCUAGAUAACAAUUUGAAUAGGGAUACUUAGGGAUGGCAAUGGGUCCGGUUGGGUCGGGUUUUGUCAAACCCAAACCCAAAUCCAUGGGUUUAUCGGUGAAAAAAACCCGGGGUAAAACCCACUAGGUAUCCGCGGGUUCAUGGGUACCCACGGGUUUUAUCGUAAAAAAUUUACAAUAACAAGUUCCUAUCAAAAUUAAAGUCAAAUAUCAAUCUCUCAAUACAAAUUAUCCAUAUUUAAAACCCUAUUCUAGAAAAUUCAAGCAAAUCACAAAUUAACUAUACAAAUUGUUCAACACCAAUCUAGAAAACUCAAGAAAAUUGAAGCACAAAUUAUUCAUAAAUAACAUGAUUAAUUGAAAGCUUCUUCCUUUCAAUUAAGUUUCUUCACUCUCCACUCGAUAACAUCAACUUCAUUCUACACAAUUAGAAAGAAAAAAUUAGACAUGUCUCCACAAACAUAAAUAAGAUUAGUGGUUUAGAAUAUUAAAUAUACUGAAAAAAUUAAUUAUAUGGAUGUGGGCGGGUACCCAUGGGUCGGGUUUACCUAAACCCAAACCCAACCCGAGUGAAUAGUGAACGGGUUUAAACCCAAACCCGGCCCAAAACCCGUCAACACGAAUUUUACCCGCGUUGACCGGGUUGGGUCGGGUGGGUACCCGUGGAUUCGGGUUUUGUUGCCAUUCCUAGGGAUACUACUACCUAACCUGAUGCGUGCUGAGAGGGUAUUACUUGAUUUGCAAUAGCAUGUGUAUUAUUUUCGACUUGCUUCAUCCAUCAUUACCCCAUUCUUGACUAGUCUGUAUCUUGAUUUGUCUCAAAUUAUAUUUGUACAUCUACUAUUUUGGUUUAUCUUCAAUCAUAUUUUUCACAUAUGAAGCUUUGAACAUGCGCAAGACUUGAUUUUUUAACUAAUUAAACUCAAUUAAUCAUUUUAUUAUUUCUAUUUUUCAUUGAUAAAUUGUUUUCCUUCAUUUUAUCACAAAAUUUGUAAUUUUUGCGUUUAUUUUCUGCGAUUAACAAGGAUGAGUCGACCUUCCCGACUCGUAUCCGCUCGGUACUACCCAACUAGACUCUUUCUUUGUGCUGAGCGGAUAUGAGUAUUGAUAUACUCGUUCCGCCCAAUUGCCAUCAUUAAAGGUUGGUAGAUUGAUAUUUGCGUACAGAAAACUAAAGAUCCAACCAAAGUAUUAGAUUAGAAAGAAAGUAUAAGCUUUUAAUAAUUUGCCAAGUUUGAACCGAUGGACAAAAUAUUCCCUAAUCAGGAAAAUACAUUCAAGAUAAUGAGGUGGAGAUUUAAAUUUAUUUUUAUUUUUAAAUGUCACGUCAUACAUAUAACGAUCAAUUAUGUGAGUUGACUGCCACAUUAGAAAAAGUUAACGAAAUUGGACUAGUGACUACGAAUGAAAUUAAAUAUUUUUAGUGACUAAAUAUGAUUUUUUUUUAAUAAUCUCACUAACCAAUAUUGUCAUUUCCCCAAUAUAUAUACAUUCAUGCAUUUUUGGGCUUGUAUUAAUGAGGGUGAAAGGAAUAGUGUCAGAACUAGUAGCAACCAAAAGUCUGCAAAAUAUGGCAAGACCGUGGCGGGAUUAAAUAGUGGUGCUGUCGGGGCCAAGAUGCGUAAUGGGACGAGGAGAGUGGGGCCCACGCGCCUUUCCGGGAGACGGAAAAACGUUCAAAAGCAGUUUGUUUGCCGCGUUGGCGUUGGGCCUAGGUGGACGGGUCUUUUAUGUGGGCCAAGGCCCACUUCUUUUCUUCUUCUCCUGCCUGUUUAAACUUUUUGGUAACACGUGCAGGAAAAGCUACUGGGUGAUGAUGAUGGGAUCCAAACUAACGGAAAGCAUCCUAUAUUCUGGUAUUCGUUCGCUUUACACGUCCCUCACUCACCGGCCGGCUUUCCCUUUUCUCCUCCUUCUUCAAUGUGCUGUCGCAACAGUGAAUUAUCGACGGCCUUGGAUCUAGGGAUGGCAAUGGGUCGGGUUGGGGCGGGUUUUGUCAAAUCCAAACCCAUGGGUUUAACCGUCAAAAAAACCCGGGGUAAAACCCGUUGUUUGAAAAACUCAAACCCAACCCAACCCGCUGGGUAUCCGCGGGUUCAUGGGUACCCGUGGGUUUUUUGGUAAAAAAUUUACAGUAACAAGUUUCUUUCAAAAUAAAAGUUUAACAUCAAUUUUCUCAUACAAAUUAAUCAUACAAAAAAACACCAAUCUAGAGCAUACAAGCAAACCGCAAAUGAUCAAUACAAAUUGUUCAAAAUUAAAGAUAAACAUCUAUAAACAAAAGAUUAAUUGAAAGCUUCUUCCUCGUCAACUAAGUUUCUUCACUCUCCACUUCAUAAUAUCAACUUCAUUCUAAACAAUUAGAAAUAACAAAUUAUACAUGUCUCCACAAACAUAAAGAAUAUUAAUUAUUUAAGGAAAAUAAAUUAUUUAGAAUAUUAAAUAUACCGGGAAAGUAAUUAUAUGUGUGUGGGCGGGUACUCAUGGGUCGGGUUUACCUAAACCCAAACCCAACCCGACCCGAUGAAUAGUGUAGCGGGUUUAAACCCGAACCCGGCCCAUAACCCGUCAACACGGAUUUUACCCGCGUUGACCGGGUUGGGUCGGGUGGGUACCCGUGGGUUCGGGUUUUGUUGCCAUCCCUACUUGGAUCAUAAUUAGGGACAAACCGAUUGCAUACCACCACUUACGGGUGUGCAACUGGAAAAAAAAAAGGUUCAAUAGAUAAAGAUAUCUGAUGAUCAAGAACUAUAUCAGUAGUACAUUGAGUUCGCUUCGGUUCGAUUUGAUUCGCUGCAAAUGUCAAUUUGGUCCAUUUUUUAUCAGUAUUUAUAAAAUGGGAUCAAGAAACGAACCAUAUAAUAUUCGGUUUGAUUCACAUCAAUCAAAUGUUAAUUUAGUUCGGUACAAUCCAAUACGAACCAACUCGUUGCAUACCCCUACUCACCACUGAUAAACACCCGAAUAAGUGAUAUUCACUAAUGAGAGGUGACUAUACUUUGAUCCCACUGCCACUCACAUGUGUGUUAUAUAACAUGUUUCGAUUCAGUUUUUUGAGAGCACGAUAUAAGGUACACACCUAGAGUUGUCUGUUUGGUUUGGUUUGGUUAACCAUACCAUUAGCUAUGAAACACCAAAAAUCAAAAUCAGGCAAAUUUUUUAAAAAUCAAAACCAAAACCGUUAAGAGGCUUAUCGAUAGGGAUCAUCAUCAGACAUGCAUAAACAUUAUUGUGUCAUGAUUUGCUCAGUAUAGUACUUUUUGCAGUUUGCUAGCUAAGGAGGCAUGUGAAUGCCUGCUGGAUUAGGGUUGGCUAACUGUAGCUCAAAUUGCUGAUCACAUAUAUUCGCAUGAUUUAACAUUCGAUGUUUGUUUUGUAUGAAGAUUUUCAGGUACGUAACAUAGACAUAUAUAUACAUUAUACGCUUCCGCCUUUUUUGUUAAAAGGUUGGUCGCUAUAGCUCAGUCCAGCACUCAUGAUUCCUAAUUCCAUCGUCUUUUUCGUGGUAUCGGAUGCAUGCAUGCUAGCUAGCAGCUAAUCUCUGAGUCGAUCAUCAACUUGAAUACUUGAUUAUCAUUAUGAUCUGUAUCGAUCUGUGAAAAGGAUCUGAGUCGUCUAGCUAAUUAUGACACGAUCUGAAUUAGUUCGUUGCAUCUUAAUUAGUCCUUGUCAACUUAAUCUUUCGCUAAAGGGGCCGGAAUCACAUACAACCCUACUAUGACGAUGUUUACAUGUGAAGUAUAACAAGAAAUUGUUACUAAUAAUUCGAAUUGUUGGGAGAAGGUUAAUUAUGGUUCUUAUAUCGUUAUUUUAUUUCUUAUACGCCCCUCAAACGAAAACCAAUUCAUAAGUUUGAAAAUUGCAUAGACCUAUCAUACAUUGUGCUUAGAUAACUAAUAUAUUGGAGAUCGCAGAGAGAUUGAGACACAACACUGCUUGCAUUAUGCCAAUUCUGAUAGACUGAUACUAGGGCUGUAAACCGGUCGGUUUCGGUUUAACCGAAAACCGAAAUCCCGGUUAUCGGUUAAACCGAGCCACCCUACAUACUUGCCGACCACCGACCGUGAGGGUGGUCACGGUUAGCCGGCCAACCGACCGGUCGGUUUUGGUUUUAGGCUCGGUUAGCCGACCAACCGGAAAAUACCCUUUAUAAAAAAAAAAAAAAAUUAAAAGGAACAAAAUUCUGAACCACUCGAUUUCUUCUUCUUCCUUCUCACUUCUCGAUUCUUCUUCUUCCUAUCCACUUUCACCAUCUCGAUUCUUCUUCUUCCUUCUCUCCUUCCUCCAUGUCAAACCCACAACACCCACCACUCCUUCCUUCUCCCUCCUUCCUUCUUCCAUUUCAGAUCUGGAAACACAGAGCAGAGGCGCGGCGGCGGCUGCGAGUGGAGGCAGAGGCGCGGCGGCGACGAGUGGAGGCGGAGGUCGAGCGCUGCUGCCUGUGAGUGGAGGCGAAGGUCGAGCGGCGAGGCGACGAUGGUGGAGGCGGCGCGACGACGUCGACGAUGGUGGAGGCGGCGGUCGUGAGGCCCGGCGACAGUUCUUUUUUCUUCUUUAUUCUUUAUUCUUCUUCUUCUUCUUCUUCUUCUGGGUUUUCAAGGUCUUCUGGGUUUGAGAGGUGAAAGGGAAGAGAAGAGAGAGAGGAUGACGGAAGAGAAGGGUUAGGCUCGGUUAGGGUUUGGGGGGGGGGGUCGGUUUGAGGGGGUCGUUUUGAGGGGGGGGGGGGGGGGGGGCGUUUUGAGAAGGGGGCCGGGUCGUUUUGGUUAGGCUCGGUUAGUCGGCUAACCGCCGGUUUUCAACCUCGGUUGGUCGGCUAGCCGAGCCUUCUCCCCUUGCUAUCGACGACCGACCGACACCAUUGGGAUCGGUUUUUCGGCUUGCCGAAAACCAGACGGUUCGGUUGAAACCAUCCGGUUAGCCGCUAACCGGAAAACCGUCCGCCAGCCCUAACUGAUACCGUGUCAUACACAAAUUAAUUUCAAAUUAUUUAAUGAAGCUUGCAAUUACCAAUACCACGUAGUUUCCAAAAUAUUGGCAUUGAGCCAACGAUUAUAGUUACAAAAUGUCGGCUUAUAAUAAUCCAAUUGUCCUUUUCUUUCCAUUCACCCCGUGACACAAGUUACAAAUAUUCAUCCUUCUUUUAUUGCUUUAGUAUCAAUCAUUAGAUAUAUAUGGGAAAUCACAUGGCUAGCUAUUAUAGCUACGACCUACGAGUCCCUUUUCCUUGAUUCGGUUCGUUGUUAUCCGUGAUCGCCGGACGCCGGUCGACCCAUAUCGGGGAAGCAUUAACGACCGUCGUUAAAUGUUCUGGUCGCUAAAAUGUAGCAAAACUUUACGUUUUAACCGCGGUAAUUACGCAUGCAUGCAUUGAGUUGGAUACUGAACAGAAUACGUACGCAGAGUUUGUACAAUAUAAUGCAACAUCCGGUCACAUAUGACCAGCAUUCCAAUUAAUCCAUAAUGGUCGCUAUAUAUAUAUGAAUAUGACUCCUUAAUGUUGUGCUUUAUCGCCGUGAUUAAAAAGCUAAUUAUUGCUAAACAAUGAAUAAAUGGAAGGCUGGUAGUAAUUAGGUUCACCGUGUUCCUUCCGGGUUCUAAAAAAGACGAUAACUGUUAACGUCCGUUCAUCUAUCUAACCUAGCUAGCUAGCAUUAUAUCUGCUGGCAAAACGGAUCCAAACUGUGGGCUGUGGCCAGCGAAAUUCCUUAGCUUGUUAGCAGUCGGGAAAUCAGACGAUGUUGUGGCUGGGAUUAGAUAGAUUGGGCCGAUGUUGCUAUUGAUCAUAUGCAUGUUCUUAGGUGAUCAAUCUCAUCCUCUAUGGUUUUUUUUUGGCUCGUCCAAAUACGUGAAUUGGGUAUAUAUGUAUGUUGUAUAUCUAGCUAAACCGAUCCUUAACCUUGAAGUUAUAAGGUUCACGCAUCUACUAAGUUUUGGUUUUGCGAAAGCUAUAUAUGUAUGGCAUGCAAUAUAGGAUAGGGCAGUGGCCGAGUCAGAAAUUCAAAAGGGGCUGACCUGAAUUGAUGUAAUUGGGGGAGAGGAGGCUAGCUUCUUCUUUCUCCGAAUCAGUUCCGUCUAUCAGUCAAUCAAGAGGGGAGAAGAUCCUUUAUUUUAGGUUAGGCGGGUCACAUUAUUCACGAAAUUGCCCCGUCCAUCGAUCAAUCAAACCUUACCGACUAUUAUAAUUCAUUUGGGCAACAUUUACAUGUAAUCUUUUACUUAUUUUUCAAAAUUGAGGGGGACUAUAGCUCCUUAUAGUUCCAACCUACCUCCAUAACUAACUGGGAUAGGGUUAGAGGAUCGGAUAUCACUAUAUCUAAAGCCAAGGAGUACACAUGUCAAGUUAUGUUAAAUGGCUUGAGUAAGGGUUAAGACAAGUCGAACAUACUGAUAAAAUAAAAAUUAAGUAGUAAAAAAUAUUUCAUAUAUAAUUGAAAAGAGAAAUGAGUUUGUCGAAACGCUGUUAAUUAAUUAAACUGGUAUAGAAAU